AUGUCAUAUAAAUCAACGCUAAUACAAGCUGUUAUUGCGGGGUGUGCUAGUCAACGUAACCUGUCUCCUUCACCAUCAGAUGAUUCAUCUGUAUUUGAUGACAAUGAUAAAGAUCCUACAUUUGAUUUAUCAUACUCAUAUCAGUCAGAGCACACUGAAAGUUCUGAUUCAGAUGCACCCAUGGAUGUAGAAGAUACAGUGAUCGAAAAUAUCGAUGAUUCCAAUAAAGAAAAUACAAUGUCACAGAAUUUAUCACCAAAUGAUGAAACUCAAAAUGUUCAAAGAACAAAAAAGUUAUCGUUGUCAUUAUAA